UGAAAACUCCGACAUCAUUUUCAUUUUAGUCUCUCAUUUCCUUUCUCUUAACAACAGAUUCUCUAAAAUCACAUACCGCCGGCGGGAAGGCAUUGAGAUCGAGCUGUGAGAUAAAUUUUGAAUUGCAAUGUCUAUGGUUGAUGAACCGCUUUACCCAAUAGCUGUUCUCAUAGAUGAGCUGAAAAAUGACGAUAUCCAGCUGCGGUUAAACUCUAUUCGUAGGCUAUCAACAAUUGCACGUGCUCUUGGAGAGGAGCGCACUCGUAAAGAAUUGAUCCCAUUUUUGAGUGAAAAUAAUGACGACGAUGACGAGGUACUCCUUGCAAUGGCAGAAGAACUGGGGGUUUUUGUUCCAUAUGUUGGUGGAGUGGAACAUGCCCAUGUUUUGCUCCCACCCUUGGAAACCCUUUGCACUGUUGAGGAAACCUGUGUGAGGGACAAAGCUGUGGAGUCCUUAUGUAGAAUUGGGUCUCAAAUGAUAGAGAGUGAUUUGGUCAAUUGGUUUAUUCCUCUUGUAAAGAGGUUAGCAGCUGGUGAAUGGUUUACUGCUCGAGUUUCUGCAUGUGGGCUUUUUCAUAUUGCAUAUCCUAGUGCACCAGAUGCACUAAAGGCAGAACUGCGAUCAAUUUACAGCCAAUUGUGUCAAGAUGACAUGCCAAUGGUCAGGAGGUCUGCUGCCUCGAACCUUGGAAAAUUUGCAGCAACUGUUGAAUCUGCUCAUUUGAAGAUAGAAAUCAUGUCAAUAUUUGAUGAUCUUACCCAAGAUGAUCAAGAUUCUGUUCGAUUAUUGGCCGUUGAAGGGUGUGCAGCUCUUGGAAAAUUGUUAGAGCCCCAAGAUUGUGUUGCUCAUAUCCUCCCCGUUAUUGUUAACUUCUCUCAGGAUAAGUCUUGGCGUGUUCGUUACAUGGUAGCAAAUCAAUUGUACGAGCUUUGUGAAGCAGUGGGCCCUGAGCCAACCAGGACGGACUUGGUCCCUGCAUAUGUGCGAUUGCUUCGAGAUAACGAGGCAGAAGUACGUAUAGCAUCUGCUGGCCGAGUGACCAAAUUUUGCCGGAUUUUAAGUCCUGAACUUUCAAUUCAGCAUAUUCUUCCUUGUGUGAAGGAAUUGUCAUCAGAUUCUUCUCAACAUGUUCGAUCUGCAUUAGCUUCUGUGAUAAUGGGAAUGGCUCCAAUCUUAGGAAAGGAUGCAACAAUUGAACAGCUCCUUCCAAUUUUUCUCUCUCUUCUGAAGGAUGAAUUUCCUGAUGUGCGCCUCAAUAUUAUCAGCAAGCUUGAUCAAGUGAAUCAGGUUAUUGGGAUUGAUCUGCUGUCUCAAUCCUUAUUACCAGCAAUUGUCGAGCUUGCUGAGGAUAGACAUUGGAGAGUCCGGCUAGCAAUCAUAGAGUAUAUACCCUUACUAGCUAGCCAAUUGGGUGUAGGCUUUUUUGAUGACAAACUUGGCGCCCUUUGCAUGCAGUGGUUACAAGAUAAGGUUCACUCAAUCCGUGAUGCAGCUGCGAACAACUUGAAGCGUCUUGCAGAAGAAUUUGGUCCAGACUGGGCAAUGCAGCAUAUUAUUCCCCAGGUAUUGGAGAUGAUUAACAACCCACAUUAUUUGUAUCGCAUGACUAUAUUGCGUGCAAUCUCUCUUCUUGCCCCAAUCAUGGCUUCAGAAAUUACCUGUACAAAACUGCUGCCUGUUGUCAUCAACGCAUCAAAGGAUAGGGUACCCAACAUCAAGUUCAACGUGGCUAAGGUGCUGCAGUCGCUCAUCCCCAUUGUUGAUCAGUCUGUUGUAGAGAAGACAAUUCGUCCGUGUCUGGUUGAGCUGAGUGAGGAUCCUGAUGUUGAUGUUCGUUUCUUUGCCAAUCAAGCACUUCAAGCAAUUGAACAUGUAAUGAUGUCUAGCUAAGCAGGAAUUUAGUUUCAAGUUUUGAGUUCAAUUUAGAGCUCAAAUCUAGAAGCCUAAACCGUUUUUUCCCCUAGAGGUACUAGUGAAUAUUACCCUGUAUGUUACGCAUACAUGACCUUACUUGAUCGGUCUCAUGCUUGAGAAAAACCGGCAGCAGACAAAAAUAUUAACAUAAUUAUCCACCGACUGUUCAUAUUAUUUCUCGUUUGCCUUUUUAUUUUUCCUUCUUUUUUGGCCCACUUGUUAUUGUAUUUUACUUGUAAGAAGACACUAUUUCAGAUUCAAUCGUAUUCUUGAUGAA